GCUCAACCAUCUAUAUAAGACAUUCCACAGGCAUCAAUGCUUCCGCUGCACAUUCACAUUUCUCCAUCACCAACCUCUCCAUUUCUAGAGGAAGCAUUGUCGAUCCCAGAAAGCCGCGCCCACUGUCCACAUAUCCACGACUUGACCAGACUUGAAGCGUGUGAUCAUGGGGAGAGAGGACUUUUACAAGAAGGUCCUGGACUCCGAGGAGUUUAAGCUUCUCGACAAGCUUGCCAAUCAAGCAGAUGCAACCCCCGAAGGCGCAGUGCAGCAGGUUGCCGAUAUGGCCAUGGCUGCCCAUGCUACCCACAGUGAUGACGUGCACCGCGGUGCCGGUUUUGUCGACUACAACGUCUCCCUGGCGCUUCUGGAGCUUGUCCAGCGCCUCGAGCCAGCUAAGCACUGCAAGCUUGUUGAUUUCGUCUCAGACCUCCAGAAGCAGACGGGCACAGACCCAUCAACGGGGGAGUCGCUUAAGAUACAGGGCGAGACCCUUUUUACAGACCUACCGUCCCUCGGCUACACUGAACUGGAAACGUGGUGCGAGUUUGGAGGUGAUCCCAGAAAUGAUCCGUGCGACCCCAACAUGAAGCCCGAGCAGCAGCAGCGAUGGGUGAAACUGAAUGCCUUCACUGCACAGCUUACCCAAGCCGCCGAAGUUCAGCAUACCUCUCCAAAUGAAGGAUACAACGUUCACCCCAUGGACAAAUCUCUCAGAGCGCUCUGGACGAUUUCUAAGGCGCUCGAAGCUGAGAAGCAUCCACCAGAGACCCUUGUCAAUACGGCUGCCCUGCAAGCCGCGUGUAUGUGGUUUGUUUACGCAGCCGACAGGCUGUGGGCCAACGUUCAGAAUGGCCGCACAUACCCCGAGAGCGCUGGAGCUGGAUCGCCGAAUCCAAAAUACGCAGGCAAGGGCUGGAAUGGAUUUGUACGUGAGAGAUGGGAUGUGUGGGAACAAGGACUUCGGGACGCAAACCAUGCUUGCACAGAUGAGGGGGCUAAGAAGUUGAUUGAAGAUGCGCUGACGCAUAUGGAGCAAGCAAUGGCAGGUAAAUAGAUUUCUGGUGAUGCUGCCAUCGCGUCUCGUGGUCGGAUAUUGACAUCUCGAGGGAGAGCAGCCAUCAAAAUGCGAAAAUUGAGAUAAUGCGAGGGUGAGAUAAUUCAUUACUACUGAGCAAACACAAAUACCUGUCAGCAGUGUCCGAUAAAAGGGAGGACUCGAAAUUGAUCAUUUUGUCAAGACAAAGGCGCUCUCCAUGUUGCAAUCCUCGUUCUAUGAAUCAAACGAAAAUCUGAUAAGCAUGGGAACCUAAAUAAAACAUAUGCCGCCGACUUGGUCCCAUUUGCUUCCUUUGAACAUCCAUCCUAGCUCGAUAUUUCCGGCUGUGAAG